CUAGUCUUAAAACGUGGCACUUAUCCUGCGGAGCUUUUUCCAUCCGUUCGUUCGUUUGUCCUUUUUAAUACGAGAUGACAAGGACACAUUAACCUUUCAACUCAUGCCAAGAUUAAUUGCAAUUUAGCCAUCGUGUGUUUUAUAUUCAUUGCAAAAGUUGAUUACUUAUCAAAUUUCCCGGAUGUCUAAAUGGAUCUCGACACGGACUUAAUUAUAUUUUUUUUGUUCAUUCGUCUUCCGUGCAGCAGCAGCAACAGCAGCAGCAUUAGUGACGACGGAAUCAACGUACGGAGAGGGGGACUGCGUACUACGUCGACUGAUUCGACAAAGCCCUCGUGAAUUUUUGACGCACAGAUGACGAUGGGGAGCCGUGGCUGCAACAUCGCCUGACACUCAGUGAGCAAAUUAUUUUAAAUAAUACUCAAUAACAGCCAGAUGACGAUGAUCAAAUGGCGAAAAUGUCGUUUGAAGUUGGGAGCCCGAAGGGAGGCAUACGAUUGAAAAGAUGGUUAAUAGGGCUACUUAUCGUUUUAUUGGCAUCUUUGUUGGCGAUUAAUAGCUUUACAAUCGGCCAAUUCCAAAUCAUAGCGCACGGUACGACCGUCAAUCAAGUAAACGAUAAGGAAGCAAAAGCUCAUCAGGAAUCGACGACAACGGUGACAUCAGUACAAAGCGGUUAUGUAGUCAAUACAAAGGGCUGCCAAAUACCAGAUUUAAGUCCAUUCGAACCGUCGUCGAUGAGAUUCAUUGACAAGGCAAAACCUAUUGUCUGCGAAUACGGCACCCACUUACCUCUGAUCGAGUCUAAUAACAGCGCGAUUUUCGUCAAUCCUGAAGCUCGCGGCCAUUAUUACAAUGGGACUGAGAGUAUCGAUUGCUGCUGGCGCAGCUUUUGGCGAUCUGACAAUAAGGACAAUGAAGUCACCGUCAGCAAAGAUUGUCACUUGUUCCAAGAGACAGCGUUCGUCAACGACGAGUUCAUCCGGGUCGAGUGCCAGCGUCACAACGAGAGCAUCUACCGUGACUACUUUUCCUUCGUACCACGCAAGCUGCACGUUGAGGAACGUUGCCGAAAUUACAAACGUGACUUUCCCACAUCGCCACGUCAACUGAGUGUCCUAGUGGUUGGUAUGGAUUCAUUGUCGAGACUCAAUUUUCGACGGUCGAUGCCCAAAACUCUAAGCAUACUCAAGGAACUUGGAGCUGUGGAAAUGUUAGGAUACCACAAAGUUGCCGAUAAUACCUAUCCAAAUUUGGUACCUGUACUCACAGGCUUGUCACAGGAGGAGUUUGAAAAGUUGUGUUGGAACAAUCAUAAGAAACCAUUCGAUAGAUGUCCACUUUUAUGGAAGAAUUUCAAGACCAAAGGGUACAGAACGAUUUUUGGAGAAGAUGCUUGUUACAUGACGACAUUUAAUUACCUCAAACCCGGCUUCAGAGUGCAGCCAACAGACUACUAUCUAAGGCCUUUCUGCGUAGCCGCUGAAAGUGAAAUAGGCAACACGCAUAAACUAAACGCCGAUUUGUGUCUGGGCACACGACUCAAUUACGCCGCGUUGCUUCAUUACACGCGCAAAGUAGCUGAAGAGUUUGCCGAUGAUCCAUAUUUUGGCUUUUUCUGGGAAGCAAGUCUUACUCAUGAUUACAUUGAAUAUCCACAAUUAGCCGACGACAAUUACCAUUAUUUCUUCGACUACCUCGACAAAUAUAAUUUAAUGCGUAACACUGCUGUGGUAUUCAUGAGCGAUCACGGCAUGAGAUGGGGUUCGUUUAGACAGACUUAUCAGGGUCGAUUAGAAGACAGUCUUCCUACGAUGUUUUUAAUGACGCCCGACUGGUGGAAAAAACAGUAUUCUAAUGCUUGGCAGCAGUUGCAGAUUAAUUCCAAGAGACUUACCACACCGUUUGAUUUUCAUGAGACGCUUUGGGAUAUUUUAGAUCCUAGCCGUCUUAUCAAAGAGAACAUUUCAGCGUACAAUAGCUCAUUCUGUCCUCGUGGUAUAAGCAUGUUCAAAGCAAUUCCAGAGGAGCGCAACUGUGAAAUGGCUGGUAUCCCAGAGCACUGGUGCAUGUGUCACGUACGUUACAACGUGUCGCAUAACGAUCCGAUACUCGAGAAACUUGUUAAUUUCUUGGUGCUAGAGAUCAAUGCGAUGCUGAAAAAGCACAAAGAAUGCGCGCAAUUGCAAUUUCAAUCGCUCGUCGAUGCAAAAGCUCUCAGCGCAGUGGUUGAAAAUGACGAGAAAAAGCAUCGGCCGCCACCAUGGGUCGAUUAUAGCGUUACUAUUAAGACUACACCUGGCAAUGCUAUAUUUGAAGGCUCGAUCAGGCAUAAUGACAGUUUCUAUCUCAUUGAUACAAUUAGUCGAUUAAAUGCUUACGGCAAACAGAGUGCUUGCGUUGAUGACUUUCACUUGCGGUUAUAUUGUUACUGCCUAUAAUAAGAGGCCAAAUAUCGCCAGUAUUUCUAUGGCUAUCCUAUAUCUACGAUAAAAUGGUAAAGAUACGACAGAAAGGUACCUUUGAAUAUUUCGUUUUCUUCUCAGUAACUUGGGAAUACCAAUAUAUAAUGAGUACACGGACUAAUAGUACUUAAUUUGAAUAGUCUCGAGAUUAUGCUGCCACGUGUUGUUCCAAAUAUUUUUUACUACUAAAUGAAAAUUGAAAAGAAAAAGCUCAGUAUCGUAAAAUUUCAACGAAGCGGACGUAAAAACUUUUGCUAAACUUAAAUACGUCGUAAAAAUGCUACUCUGCAACUUUGUGAUAUUUUGUAACAAUUGUACAUAAAUGUUGAUAAAUGUAUUGUUAUAUAAAGUUCCAUAUUUUUUCAUCUCUGCUAAUAAACGGACAAAGUGUAAGGCCUAUAAUUCAUUCUUCCAGUGUAAAUUUGACGAAAAAAAGAAGCAAGAGAACAAUUUUAAUAAGUUUUUUAAUGUAGAUUUCUGAAGCGAACUUUAUAUAUAUUCACGCUGUACAAUAAUCUACGUUGAUGCACAUCGCGCGAGGCAUGUGCAACGAAAAUACAAUAUCAUGCGUUAACAUUUAGUCAUUAAACUUAUAUUUCGAACAAAAAUUAUGUACAAAGUAUAACUAUUUUCACAUUUGUUUUGAAGAGCAUAUUUUUAUGUCUGAACGUAAUUUGUUAAAUAUGUGUCGAUAUUUCAAUAAAAAAAUUCAUUAUCUUA